AUGGUCGUCAACCGCCGCAUCGUCUUCAACCAGGUCAAGGCCACCGGCCUGCCCGAGCCGGGCGUCACGACGCGGCCGGAGCAGACCGAGAUUGACCUCGACAAUGUCGCGCUCAACGGCGGCGUGCUGGUGCGCAACGUGGCCGCCUCGCUCGACCCGACGAUGCGCAACCGCAUGAAGGGCGGCGUCUACUUUACGCCCAACUACGUCAAGGACGAGCCGAUCCUCUGCAUCGGCAUCAGCGAGGUGCUCCGCUCCGAGCUCGACGCCUACAAGCCGGGCGACCUCAUCUUUAUCUGGAGCCAGCCGCUGGAAGAGUACAGCGUGCUGCCGCGCCAGCUCGUCGAGCAGGCCGGACGCAAGAUGGACGUGCCCACCAACGGCCUCAGCAUCACGACCUACCUCGGCGCCGCCGGAAUGGCCGGCAUGACGGCCUACAUGUCGAUCAAGGAAAUCAUCGGCGACCGCCUCCAGCCGGGCACCACCAUGUUUGUCACGGGCGCCGCCGGCGCCGUCGGACAGCUCGUCGUCCAGAUUGCCCGCCAGGCCGGCGUCAAGGUCAUCGCCUCGGCCGGCUCCGAUGACAAGUGCCGCUUCCUCCGGGAGGAGCUGGGCUGUGAGGCCGUCUUCAACUACAAGACGGCCGACCCCUUUGAGGAGCUCAAGAAGUUUGGCGGCGAGCGCGGCAUCGACUUCUACUUUGACAACGUCGGAGGCACCCAGCUCGAGGCCUACAUUGAGCACUCGGCAAAGUACGGCAUCAUUGUCGCCUGCGGCUACAUUUCCGGCUACAACGCCGACAAGCCCGAGGACAUCGUCUACCCCAAGAACCUCUUCAAGGUCGUCACCCGCGAGCUCACCUACCGCGGCUUCAUCGUCAGCAGCUUUAUCCAGAAGCACCUCGCCAGCUUCCUCGCAGAGAUCCCCCAGAUGAUCGCCGACGGCAAGAUCAAGGUCAAGGAGGACGUCACCUUUGGCGUCCUCGGCGCCGAGGACGCCUUCCUCCGCCUCUUUACCGGCGACAACGAGGGCAAGGUCGCCGUCCUCAUCGACGUCGACCACGCCGACAAGUGGAACCUCGGAGAGAGGAAGAAGACGGCAAAGGUCUGGCAGUAG